CCCAAAACACUGGGAUUACAGGCACGAGCCACCAUGCCCGGCCCCCUUUAGCUUUCCUGAAUUUCAGAUCCCUCUUUGGUGAAGUGGCACUAACAACAAUACCUACCUUGAAAGGCUGCUGUGAAGGGACUGCAUGACAUGAUGCAGGGACAGGGCCUAUUAGUUUGUUACUCCUUAGUUUAUUUUCCCUGGAUCUGAGCGAAGAAGAGCCAGGGUGGAAGAGAUGGACUCUGUGGGUCCAGGCAGGGCCUCGGGGGUUGGGGUCGGGGCCAGGCAGCCUCACAAUGGUCUAGAACUCUCCCUCAUUGUAGGUUCUCACCUACUUCAACUCCUCUCCCUGUUCCAGGGAGGGGAGAAAAGGUCUGGGAUUCAUUGGCAGGAGGGGCUUUCCCCCAGGAUUUCCUACUUCUUUCUUUACUGCUCUGCUUGAAGCUCCCAGGAGACCCCUCAAGAGGUGGUCACUGGCCCACAGCCCACCCCGUCCUCCACCUGCCACCUCCACUGUACCAAAUGCUGGCUCUGCUCUUUCCUCCGUGUUUGUCCUGUCAAGAGAGAUGGUUGUGGUCAUGAAGUUCUUCCGAUGGGUUAGACAGGCUUGGCAAAGGAUUAUUUCCUGGGUUUUCUUCUGGAGGCAGAAAAUUAAACCAACCAUCUCAGAACACCCUGGCUCCAAGAAACACUCAUUGAAGAAGAUGGAGAAGACUCUCCAGGUGGCUGAGACUUUGAGGUUGAUCGAGCCCCCGAAAGAGGCUAAACCCAAGUUGGCUGAGUCCCCCAAGCUGGCAGAUCCCUGCGUGUUGGCCAAGACUACAGAGGGGACCAAGGUGGAGCUGGGCCAACAGGGCCGAUCCCUGCUGCAGCUGCCGAGGACAGCCGUCAAGUCUGUCUCUACGCUCAUGGUCUCUGCCCUGCAGAGCGGCUGGCAGAUGUGCAGCUGGAAGUCAUCAGUGAGUUCUGCCUCAGUCAGCUCCCAAGUGAGGACUCAGUCACCUUUGAAGACGCCAGAGGCUGAGAUGCUGUGGGAGGUAUACCUGGUGCUGUGGGCUGUUUGCAAACAGCUGCGCCAGCUGUCCCGCAGGCAGGAGAGGCACAGACGGCACCACAUCAGAUGCCAUGCUGCCCCUCGACCCAACCCGGCUCAGUCCCUGAAACUGGAUGCCCAAAGUCCCCUCUAGGGGGGGAACCCCAGACCCUCAGAGAGUCCCAACCUUACUCUUACCUGGGGUCCCAUAUAAGCCCCUUCAUUCCAUGUAUUCCAUUUGUAAAAAAAAUUAUCAAAAUAUUGGGAAAUAAAUACCAGAUAGUUCUGAGUCA